AUGGAAGAUCAAACAACAGAUAGAGAUAUCAGAAUGAGACAGCGAGAUGCUAGACGACAGGAACAGGAGAGAUUAGAGGAAAAACAGAAGCAAAGAGAUAGAUUGAGACAAGAUUUAGCUGAAAUAGAAAAUGAAAGGCAGAUAUUGUUAUCUCAGAGAAGAAAUCAACAGCGACGUUUAGAAAUGAUUCAUAGUUGUGAUCCUUUCUUUUAUGAAGUCGAGCGGCCAAGAAUAGGUGCAGAAAGGCUUAAUACAAGCAACCCUGAACAGCAAAUAAAUACGGGAACCAGACAAAUAUUAGACAGAGGAAUUGUGCAACCACGUUUCGUGAAGCAACACAAUGAGGACCUCGGAAGUUAUAUGGACCUAAUAAGUCCUGAAUCAGAAAAUAUACCAACUGCCACACACGGUAUUGGAAUAAGUGGAAACGAACAUGAAAGCGAUAAUGAUAGGAGACAAGCAAUUACUCAGACUAAUCAAGCAACAAAUAGAAAUUUAGAUUUCGCUUCAGGCAGUUUGAACAUGACUCAGGACAUACAUAGAAUGCAUGGUGAAUUAAACCAAGUCAUAUAUAGGGAUGAUAUCCGUCAAAGCAUUAGGAGAGACGUUUUACAUAUCGAUCAAACAAGACAAGAGUCUAACUUAGACUUUCAUAGUGAUAGAGACAGUUAUAGAGAUAUAGAAUAUAAUGCAGACGACAGUAGUUACAGAACAAGAAGCCGUGUGGCUGAAAGUACUCGCAUUGAUGCAGAAACUCAUGUCAUGAGAAAGAGAAAUCGAAAUGGUGACAAAGUAGAUGUCAGUAUCGAGACAGAUAAACUAGAGGCGAAAUUACGGCAAUUGAGUAUAAGGAAGGACACCAAUUUAGAUAUUAAUUCCUUGCAAAGAGGCGCAGAACUUCCAGAUCAUAGAAAAGAACACAAGAACAUAACUCCCGUAGGUAUAGGUAUGAAUCCUGAAAUAAAGGACACAAGAAGUCAACUAAAAUUCAUCGAUAGAAAAUUCAGGGAACAUUCAGACAUCAAUGUAAGAGGAGAAUUGAAUGAUGAUAAUUCAAACACAUCUAUUAAAUUUGAGAAGUUUAGCAUCCUGCAGCAGAUAGAAAAGAAAAAAAUGGAAUUGCAAGAGCUACUGUUGAUUCAAGAGAACACAGAGAAACAGCUAAAGAUAGAUGAAGAAAGAAGACUUAUAGAAUUAGAGAAGCAACGAAAGAUGUUGCAUAUGUUGACUGAAAGAGAAAGGGUAAUGGAUGAAAGAGAACAGAAACUUAAAGAUGAUGAGAGAGAAUUGUUAUUGAAGUUUGAAGAACUGAAACGGAUAAAGCAAGACGUUGUAAAAUCAGAAGAAGAACAGUUUGUUCAGUAUAAAGCAAUAGCAAGAGAUAUCAUUACUAAAAACGAAGCAUUAAACAAGAGAGAUUCUGACCUUAGAAAAAAGGAAGAAAUUGUUAAAGAGCUUCAGCAGAAAUUAGUUCCAGAAGUAAAGAAAGAGACAAUUAUUCAGCAAACCCCGGAAAUUAGUCCAUUUUCUGGUGACGAAGCGAAACCUAAGAGUGAGGUCACAUUAAACGAGUGGAAAGCCGAGAUAAGAAGUUUAAUAGCUACAGCAUUGUACCCAGAAUAG